UUGACCAGGUAGUAAAGCAAAUGCACAAAACAAGUCAAUUACUGGACCAGGAAAGACUUGACAUUAAGCCAGUUGCACCCAGACCUUUGCCAAAGUCUGAACUUGGGGAAGUCCUGUCCUUGAUUUGACUCCAGUGUCAUAUGGAAUGUACCUCUUGGGAGAUAUAAACCUCAUACAACCAUUUCUGUUUGUGCAGUUGGUGUGGUUGGGGUUGAACGUCUUCCUGUUUAUCAAUUACUACAAAGUGUAUGAUGAUGGACCUAAGUAUAAUUAUACCCGAAAACUCCUUGGGUCAGCACUGGCUCUGGCCCGGGCACCGGCAGCCUGCCUCAAUUUCAACUGCAUGCUGAUCCUGUUGCCAGUGUGUCGAAACCUGCUCUCCUUCCUCAGGGGUUCCAGUGCGUGUUGCUCAACAAGAAUUCGAAGACAACUGGAUAGGAACCUCACUUUCCAUAAAAUGGUAGCCUGGAUGAUAGCACUCCACACUGCGAUUCAUACCAUUGCACACUUGUUCAAUGUCGAAUGGUGUGUGAAUGCAAGAGUUGGAGAGUCUGACAAUUAUUCAGUAGCACUCUCUGAAAUUGGUGAUAAGGAUGGUGAAGAGUAUCUCAAUUUUGCUAGAGAAAAAUUCAAGAACCCUGAAGGGGGCCUGUAUGUGGCUGUAACACGGUUGGCUGGCAUCACAGGAGUCGUCAUCACACUAUGUCUCAUAUUGAUUAUCACAUCCUCUACCAAAACCAUCCGGAGGUCUUACUUUGAGGUGUUCUGGUAUACACACCAUCUCUUUGUGAUCUUCUUCAUUGGCCUUGCCAUCCAUGGAGCUGAACGAAUUGUACGUGGACAGACUUCAGAGAGUUUGGAAGAGCAUAAUAUAGAUUUCUGUGCAGACAAAAUCAAACAAUGGGGAACUCUAAAAGAAUGUCCAGUACCAAAGUUUUCUGGAAACCCUCCUAUGACUUGGAAAUGGAUAGUGGGCCCCAUGUUCCUGUACCUCUGUGAGAGGUUGGUCCGGUUUUGGCGGUCUCAACAGAAGGUGGUCAUCACCAAGGUAGUCACUCACCCUUUCAAAACCAUUGAGCUUCAGAUGAAGAAGAAGGGAUUCAAGAUGGAGGUGGGACAGUACAUUUUUGUUAAGUGCCCCAUGGUAUCCAAGCUGGAAUGGCACCCAUUCACACUGACCUCGGCUCCCGAGGAAGACUUUUUUAGCAUCCAUAUCCGUAUUGUGGGAGACUGGACAGAGGGACUAUUCAAUGCGUGUGGCUGUGAUAAGCAAGAGUUCCAAGAUGCCUGGAAACUACCUAAGAUAGCAGUUGAUGGUCCUUUUGGCACAGCCAGUGAAGAUGUGUUCAGCUAUGAAGUGGUGAUGCUAGUGGGAGCAGGGAUUGGAGUCACGCCUUUUGCCUCCAUUCUCAAGUCCGUCUGGUACAAAUACUGUGAUAAUGCCACCAAUCUGAGGCUCAAAAAGAUCUACUUCUACUGGCUGUGCAGGGACACACAUGCCUUUGAGUGGUUUGCAGACCUGUUGCAGCUGCUGGAGACCCAGAUGCAGGAAAGGAACAAUGCCGACUUCCUCAGCUACAACAUCUACCUUACUGGCUGGGAUGAGUCGCAGGCCAAUCACUUCGCUGUACACCAUGAUGAGGAGAAAGAUGUGAUCACAGGCCUAAAACAAAAGACUCUGUAUGGACGGCCCAACUGGGAUAACGAGUUCAAGACAAUUGCAAGUGAACACCCUAACACCAGAAUAGGAGUUUUCCUGUGUGGCCCCGAAGCCCUGGCUGAAACCCUCAGUAAACAGAGCAUCUCCAACUCUGAGUCUGGCCCACGUGGAGUACACUUCAUUUUCAACAAGGAAAACUUCUAACCUUGCUCUUUCACGAGGAAACCAGUGUAUGCUGCCAAACACCCCAAUAGUGAUGGUUGAUUUAUGAGUUCCAUCCUCUGAGGAAAAGAGGAAGAAAGGAAACCAUAAUGACACAGCCCCCUCCCUAAAAAACUCCCCAAAGAUUGUUUGCUAGUCACAGGUCACAUUUGCAUAGAGCGUCAUGGCUUUCAGAGCACUUUUUACACACAUUGUUAUGUUGCAUUAUUUCAUAUUUCCCUCUGCCAUGCUAGAAGAGAGUAAGGCAAAAGAGUUUUCUGGGACUUGUUUUAGGAUAAACAGUAGGAGCUCAAAUACUUUCAGCACAUUCCCUCAGAUUCAAAAAUUGAAGCC